UCUCCAUCUCCAUCUCCAUCUCCAACUCCAUCUCCUUCAUUCUUCCCCGCCGGUCAUUUCCUGGCAUCUGCUCUGGUUGCGUGGGAAGAAGGAAAGAAAGAAAAAGACAGAGCCUCUUCCGUCAAGACCCUAGAAGAGCUUGUUUCUAGAUAUAUUUUCGUUCGUUCCCUUCAAUAUCGAAGGAAAUGGGCGAAGUCGCAGUGAAGAAGACCGCAAAGCUGCCGAUCCCUGGGAAGCGAAACAUUCUCAUAACCAGCGCUCUUCCCUAUGUCAACAACGUUCCCCACCUCGGAAACAUCAUAGGAUGUGUUUUGAGUGCCGAUGUGUUCGCGCGCUAUUGCCGGCUGCGAGGGUAUAAUACGGUAUAUAUUUGCGGUACUGAUGAGUAUGGAACUUCUACUGAGACGAAGGCAAUGGAGGAGAACUGCACACCUCAGGAGAUUUGCGAUAAAUACCAUGCAAUUCACAAGGAUGUUUAUAAAUGGUUUGACAUAAGUUUUGAUGAGUUUGGACGCACCUCUACUCCACAACAGACUGAAGUUUGUCAAGAAAUAUUUCAAGCACUUUUGGAAAACAACUGGUUGUCUGAGAACACCAUGCAGCAGCUCUAUUGUGAUACAUGUGAACGCUUCUUAGCUGAUCGGCUUGUGGAGGGCACAUGCCCUAGAACAAAUUGUAACUACGAGUCUGCACGAGGUGAUCAAUGUGAAAAAUGUGGAAACCUACUAAACCCAACUGAAUUACAAGAUCCCAAAUGCAAGGUGUGUAGGAACACUCCACGAGUUCGUGACACGGAUCACUUGUUCCUUGAGCUCCCUUUACUUAAGGAUAAAUUAGAAGAGUAUAUUAACCGCACAUCAGUGACUGGCGGUUGGAGCCAAAAUGCCAUUCAGGCUACACAUGCAUGGCUGAAAGAAGGGUUAAAGCCUCGUUGUAUUACUAGAGACCUUAAGUGGGGUGUUCCCGUGCCACAUGAAAAAUAUAAAGACAAGGUGUUUUAUGUGUGGUUUGAUGCUCCAAUCGGAUAUAUAUCCAUCACUUCGUGCUACACACCGGAUUGGGAGAAAUGGUGGAAAAAUCCUGAUAAUGUAGAGCUCUUUCAGUUUAUGGGCAAGGAUAAUGUGCCAUUUCACACGGUCAUGUUCCCUUCUACUCUUCUGGGAACAGGUGAAAACUGGACAUUACUGAAGACCAUAAGUGUAACGGAGUAUUUAAAUUAUGAAUCAGGUAAGUUCUCCAAGAGCAAAGGUAUCGGUAUUUUUGGUAAUGACGCAGAGGACACAGAAAUUCCCACAGAGGUUUGGCGAUAUUAUUUGCUUACUAAUAGGCCAGAGGUCUCCGACACUUUGUUCACAUGGACAGACUUGCAAGCCAAGCUAAACAGCGAGUUAUUGAAUAACUUGGGCAAUUUUGUUAACCGUGUUUUGAGCUUCAUUGCCAAACCGUCAGAAUCAGGAUACAAUUCCACCAUACCCGAUGCUGUGGAUGCAGAAUCCCAUCAUUUAACGAAAACUUUGGCAGAGAAAGUCUUUAAACUUGUAGAGCAGUAUAUUGAUGCAAUGGAGAAGGUUAAAUUAAAACAAGGCCUGAAAACUGCCAUGAGUAUUUCAAGCGAGGGAAAUGCUUAUUUACAAGAGAGCCAGUUUUGGAAACUUUACAAAAAAGACCCUUUAUCAUGUUCAAUUGUGAUUAAGACUUCAGCUGGGCUUGUACUGUUGCUUGCAUGUUUACUGGAACCUUUUAUGCCUUCCUUCUCUGUUAAAGUGUUGCAACAGCUUAAUUUAUCCCCAGAAACAUAUCUGUCCUUGUUUAGCGAGGGAGGUGACAUUGACAAGGCAAAACAACCAUGGAAUUUACUUCCUUCUGGCCAUAAAAUUGGUAAACCUGAACCACUCUUCACGGAACUGGAAGAUGAAAAAGUGGAAAGCUUAAGACAGAGAUAUGCUGGUAGUCAAGCUGAAAGAGUUGAGAAGGCGGAAGCUGAUGCGAAGAAGAUAGCUGAGCAGCUUAAGAGCACUAAAAUAUCUGAAACAAGUUCAAAGAAACAACAAGCAAAGCCCACUAACACCAAACUAAAAGCCCCUGAAGCAGAAAUAUCUGUUUCGAGGCUCGAUAUACGCGUAGGCCAAAUCACUAAGGUUCAGAAGCAUCCGGAUGCCGACUCACUCUACGUUGAAGAAAUUGAUUUGGGUGAAGAAUCUCGGACCGUUGUGAGUGGUCUUGUUAAUUAUAUUCCUAUUGAAGAAAUGGAGAAUCGGAAAGUUUGUGUUCUUUGUAAUCUAAAACCGGCAAACAUGAGAGGAAUUAAAUCUUAUGCAAUGGUAUUUGCUGCAUCAAAUGAUGACCACACUAAAGUGGAAUUGGUUGAUCCUCCAGCUUCAGCUGUGGUAGGAGAGCGAAUUACUUUUCCAGGGUAUUCAGGGCAACCAGAUGCGCUGCUGAAUGCAAAGGCUAAGGUCUGGGAAAAGGUGCAGGUAGAUCUGCACACAGAUGCAGAGCUUAUUGCUCAUUACAAAAAUUCUCCUUUUACUACUAGUGCUGGGAUCUGCAAAGUUUUGUCCAUUGCCAACGGGGCCAUAAGGUAGAUUGUAGUUUUGAUCAUCGCUGCCUCGAGAUUUUGCGCUGCCAAUUAUGAUUGUAAAAUCUUAUUGUUGAAUUAAUUAUAGUUCGAUCAGCUGUAGAUUUUUGUUAUAGUUUGUUUCACUUGCGAAAAUUUUGUUUAGAGACUAAUUACAGUCGCAAAAACUUUUUGUUGGAUUAUUAUAAACGCAGCAGCUGUAGAUUAUUGUUA